AACAGCCGGGUAGCACAAGCGUCGCGCUACGGCAUGGCGUUUAGGAAUCUUCUUUUUGUGAAUAGGUUGAUUAGUGUUCAUAAUCCAUCGCUUAGAAGCCUAUAUUCGUCAAUACCGUUGCUAAAAGAUUACUACAGUAUUUUAGGCGUCAGUAAAACUGCUAGUCAAUCAGAAAUUAAAAAGGCCUAUUAUCAAUUAGCAAAAAAGUAUCACCCGGAUGUCAACAAGAAUGAUAAGACUGCAGCACAGAAGUUUCAAGAAGUCAGCGAGGCAUAUGAGGUGCUGGGAGAUGAAAAUAAACGCAGCCAAUAUGAUAGAUUCGGAUCGUCUUCAACGCAGAACAAUUUCGGAGGUGGACAAUCACAAGGAUUUGAGUUUCACUCUAAUAUAAACCCAGAAGAGCUGUUUCGACGAAUUUUCCGUGAUAGUGAUUUCGCUUUUAAAGAAUGGUCUUCCAGUGAUAGAGGUUUUGCAGAGUCAAUAUUUGGAUCGGAGGCAACUAAAGAAAUACCUGUCAACCUGACAUUUGAGCAGGCGGCCAGAGGUGUAAAUAAGGAAGUUAGUGUUAAUAUGGUAACUAAUUGUCCGCGUUGUGGAGGUUCCCGUGCUGAGCCUGGAACGGGUUUGUCAACCUGCCCAAGCUGUCGUGGAACAGGGACUGAGAGUAUGAAUACUGGACCCUAUUUACUUCGAAGCAUUUGCAGACGAUGUAAAGGUACCGGAACAAUUGUUCGACAUCCCUGUUCGGAGUGCGAAGGAAAUGGUAAAAUUAUAGGCCGUCAUCGAGUCAGUGUAUCCAUUCCUGCGGGCGUAGAAGAUGGUCAGGUCAUACGAGUAUCCGUCGGUAAAGAUGGUACCCAUACUCAAGAAAUAUUUCUGCAAAUUCGUGUAGAAAAAAGCCGUCAAUUCCGACGAGAAGGUGCAGACAUACAUUCAGACAUUGUUGUCUCACUUGCACAAGCUGCACUUGGUGGGAAAAUGCGUGUUCAAGGCAUUUACGAAAGCAUACUAGUCAACAUCCCAGCUGGCUCUUGUAGCAACGAUAGAAUACGAUUACCUGGCAAAGGUAUCAGUCGAAUAAACGGUUAUGGAUAUGGUGACCACUAUGUUCACAUUCAUAUUAAACCGCCUAAACGAUUGAGUGAAUUACAACGAGCUCUACUCCUUGCCUAUGCCGAAACGGAAACUGAUGUGACUGGUUCAGUCGAAGGCGUCACUUCAACUGAUAAACGUCUUCGUCAACUGUAUGAAAAUUUACGUGAUACAUUUGGUCGAAAUAUGGAUACUGAAUCGAAAGCGACAUCAUCCUCUGCUUCUUCUUCUUCUCCUAACUCAUAUUCGGACAAUCAUCAUCGUCAGACUGAAAGUAGGGAACAAAUGACGGAUACAUCCAGUAUUUUCAAUCGAAUAACUGAUGGUGUUAAACAGUUGUAUGAUACAGUUAUAAAACCUUUCAAGAAAUAGAUGGUAAACGGGCUAUAGAUACGACGCAUGGCUUUCUACUUUCCCGUAUUCGAAUGGCUGUUCAAGAUCCUGUCUCCCCCUCCUCCUCAUCAUCCUCUCAAGAGGAUACAAAACAAGAAACAGAAUCAGAUAGAGGGGAGAAAAAUUCCAAUAAAAACUGUGUCUAAUAUGUGGAUGUAAGUACGCAUGCUUUUAAAAUCUAUUAUUAUUAUUAUUGUCAUCAUCAUCUUUGACAUACAACUCUCUAUCCAUAUACGCUACACUUAUUUUUAUUCUUUCAAAAUCAAUUCAUCAUUAAUUAUUUCUGCGACUUAAUCAAAAUUAUUAUUUUUUGUAUUGCGCGGUUGUUUCUUUUUCUCUCUCCCUCUCUCUCUUCAUUUUUCAAUUACUUUUAUUGUUUGAAUGAUUGAUGAUUGUGCUAUCGUUAUCUGUUGCACAAUUUUCCACGGUCAGCUUCAAUGUGCAUGUCUAUCUUUGUAUCGUAACACACACUUUAUUGUUCAAUCUCUGAAGACAAUAUAUUCCAUAGUUUGUCAUUGUUUUUUUCCCUUUUUGAGAAGAGUUCAGCUUCUAAACCCCUUUGUGUAUAUUCAGUUAGGUGUCCCCCUUAAUGGUGACACUGAGUGAUAUAAUCUACUUUAUUGUAUAAAUUAGACUGCUUCUUUAUACAGCUGUUGAUUUUUUUUCAUGCUUAUAAUUGAUUAUCUUUUUGUGGCGGCGGCGGCGGACAGGGGCUGCGAGGCCGGUGACUUAUUGUAAACAUAAGUUGUUAUGCAGUGCUGAUCUUCCCUUUUUUGUUUUGUUCAAAUCAUUCUGGCAUUUUUAUCUUCUCUCCUAGUAAUUUAGAUGUGUACAUCCUUCAGUUGUUGUAUUUGUUUUUUUUUCAUUUCAUCUUAAGAAAACAAUAGAUACACUACAGAAAUAAAGUAUGUUUUAGUUUGAAAUGAAACAUUUCUUCUUGAUUGCCUUG